AUGUCUCAAUCCCUGAAUGGCGCAGGCGACUCGCCGUCCAAGAGAACAAACGUCUUUAGACAUUUCAGGUUAAAAUCGUGGGCAAUCGGUGCUAGCUGCCUGGCAUUGCUAGUAACGAUCGGUGGAGCUCAUGGGGUGCCUAACAGCCCAAUGGCUUCGCGGAACAACGCUGCGGCGGCGAUUGAAUCAAUGAUGGACUUUUAUGAUCCAGUCACUGGCCGAUGGCAACCAGAAGCACCAUGGUGGACGACGGGCAAUGCACUACAGGCAUUGCUUGAUUACAUGGCAAAGACUGGCUCAAGACAAUACAUGCCGCAGGUCAACAACACCGUUACCAUUCAGAGCGCCCCGCUUGCUUGGUGGCCUUCUGGUGGCGGCGACUUUCGGGCUGAUUCGACAGACGAUACUGGAUGGUGGGGACUCGCCAUGGUCCGCCUGUACGAGCUGACCCGGGACCCGAAAUACCUUACCAUUGCAAAGGAAGAUGAGGCAUACAUGUAUAGUUACUGGAGUAACGACACCUGCGGCGGAGGCAUCGUGUGGGAUAUACCAUCUAGGAGCUACAAAAAUGCGAUAAGCAAUGAGCUGUACUUCAAGCUCGCAGCAUCGCUACACAACAUCAUUCCACACGAUACGUUUUACCUCUCUCGCGCUUUGCAGGGGUGGAAAUGGUUUAAGGCGAGCGGGAUGAUCAACAGUGCAAACUUGGUAAAUGAUGGUUUAUCAGAGCAAGGUACUACUUGUACGAACAAUGGUGCUACGACCUAUACCUACAACCAAGGGGUGAUCUUAGGCGGCCUGGUCCAACUUUACAAGGCUACCGGUGACCAAAGCCUCAUUAAAACGGCCCGCAGCAUUGCCGAUGCUGUUAUCACUAGCCCUCUCUUGUCACCAAAAGGGAUCUUGACUGAGCCGUGCGAGGCCGAUGACAGCUGUGACCCUAACGGGCCUGCAUUUAAGGGGAUAUUUGUUCGGAAUCUCGACGAGCUUGAUGACAUCCUGCCAGGUCAUCCCUACCGCCAUUACUUGCAACAACAGGUUCACUCCAUGUAUACUUUGGAUCGAAACAGUAGCGGGUUUUAUGGACUCAGCUGGGCCGGCCCCUUUGACAAAUCUGAAAUCGCUCGACAGACAUCUGCUGUCUCCCUAUUAGUCGCAGUUCUCUAG